AUGGGCUCAUCCACAGCCCCCGCAGCGGCGCCCCUCGAGCGCUCCGUCUCGCAGCAGUCGGCGGCAUCGUCCACGACCAACCGUAGCCAUCGCUCCGGCCCCCGUCGCAAGAAGCUGACCUGCCCGUCGAGUUCUGGCUCGUCCAUCGCCGCCUCUGACAAGUCGCUGACCUCCUUCCCGUCGUUUUCCCCCGAAUCGCCCCGCGAGUCGUCAAGUGCAUUGCGAGAUGACGAAAGUGCCACCGAUUCGUUGACCAUCAGCUUGCGCAAGACCUCGGACCAGACUAUUCCACAGGAUCAGCCUGAUGCUCAGAGGAAUCCAGAGGUUAUUGUGCAAUCUCUUUUGACCUCCGAGCCGCCAAGCCCGACGCGCGGUGCCCUUUUUGAAGAUGACGUCCCCCUAACAUCACACAAAAUCCCCGGCAACCUGCACCACGCCGACGACGAACACAUCCAGCGACUGAUCGCCCGCCACGGCGCGGUCAACCUUGUCCGGCAGCUCGCCCAAGACCUGGCCCAUCGCAACGCCCAAAUGGCGAGCCUCCGCCGCCGGGCUGACGACCGCGAGCGCGCCCUGCGCAAGAUCAUUCUGGAAUGUGGUCUAUCGAGUCUGGAUCUGGAGACCCGUCUCCGCGCCAUCGAGCAAGAAGCCAAGGCCAAUGGGAAGAAGACAGAGGACAACAGCCUGGCCGAAAUGAUGAGCGAUGCCAUGGCCGACGACCUCAGGAACCCGUAUCUUGAGUCGCUGGCCGAUGCGACAAUCCGCGCCAGCUCGGUCCCUCUGUCGGGCGACACCACAAGGAGCGCCGGCGGCCGCGGCUGGAAGGAGUACCUCUGGGGCACGGGCGGCGUGAAGAAAAAGUCGGCUGUUGUGAAAGCGACUGCCCCCGAGCGCCGGCCCCCGCUGCAGGAGGACUUGUUCGUCCCGCCCAAUGGGACUGAAACCCCCCAGGAGGCGAGUCGACCCGGCAGCUCGCACUCCAAAGACUCAAAGGAUGCCGCACGCAAGCCAUCCCUCGCCAGCCUCGCCCUACGCCUAGUCGCCGGCGGCGGCAGUGCUACCCGCGACGCCGAGCCCCGCGGCCGGGCAGCCAGCGCCCAGGGCGGCACAGUACGCACACCAUCGAACGCAAGCAUCAAAACGACAGCCUCAUCUCGCUCUGUGUCCACCAACGACCCCAAAUCCCUAAUGGCCAUGCGUCGUGGCCCCGCUGGUGCAGCCGCGAUCCGCCCAAUUGCGGUAGCCUCGCGCAUGCAGGCCAGCGAUAGAUGGGACACGAUGGCUACGACGCCGGAGACGGAUUUAUUAACGCGGUCGCAGAGCUAUGGCCCGGUGGAGAUGGAUACCAUAUUGCCGCCGGAGGAUCAGCCGCCUACGCUGACGAAUGUUUACAACAAUCAUGCGGGGGCAGAGUUUUUGACGGACCGGUUUGGGUUUAUAUAUGAUCAGAGACGAAAGAAGAGGCAGAGGGAUGCGGCGGCGCAGAUCGCAAGGCAUUUGAGGAAAGGGAGCAGGGCGGAGGUGGCGAAUGGGAGGGGACCGUUGUCGCCGACGACGUUGUGGGACGAUGAGCUUACGGGCGAGCCGCAGACGGAGGGAUCGGCUGGCCAGGUCGAGGAGCAGGGUGAUAAGCAGGGGAAGAGGUGGCAGGAUUAUCUAAAGAUUGCUACGUUCCCAACGGAGUUACUCAGCAACAUGCCGUCGAUCGGGUCGCAGAGUUUGGAGGUGAUUGAGGCGGCGGAGGGUUCGGUUAAGGCGCCGGGUAUCACGCCCGAAGAAAGAGGGUUCUUGCCGACGGCGGCGACGACGACAACUGCGACGGUUGCGACGGCGAUCAAUAGCGAGGUUCAGUCGGAGAGCGAUCAGGCACAGGGCACGCUGGCCAAGGAGGACGCUGAUGCCGUGCGGCAGUUGCUGGAGAGCCUCAACCAGCUGCACGAUACGCUUCAGAGAGAAAAAACCGUCCGCUGGAACGACUUCCUCCGCAAAGUGCGCGCCGAACGCCGCCGCGACGGCCAAGCUGCUGCCGCGGCCGCUGCCCAGUCCAACUCUUCCACUGCCGCGUCUGACCCCCGCCUGCAACGCGCCACAGCCUCCAUCCUGCUCCCCGAAGCUCGGCUGGGCGACGGCGAGCUAAUCGGCAUCGCAUCCCUCGGCCUGCAAGGCAAAAUGGGCCGCGCAAAAGCGGCCGAAUUCCACUCCCUGCUCCUCGGCGGCAUUCCCGUCGCCUACCGCGCCAAAAUCUGGGCCGAGUGUUCAGGAGCAAGAGCGCUGCGCGUACCGGGGUACUACGACUCGCUUGUUGCAAGGACAAAAGACCCCUCCGGGGGAGACGGCACGGGGGAUGUCGACCCGACUACGGCAGCCCAAAUCGCGGCGGACAUUCCGAGGACAUUGACGGAUAACGUUUUCUUUCGACCCGGCAAGCCGGGUGUUGCUAGGUUGAGGGAGGUUCUGCUGGCGUAUUCGUUAAGAAACCCCAGCGUGGGGUAUUGCCAGGGCAUGAACUUGGUCGUGGCCAAUCUGCUGUUGAUUGUUCCCUCCGCAGAGGAAGCGUUCUGGAUUCUGGCCAGCCUGAUCGAGUCCAUCCUGCCGCAGGAGUACUUUACGCAUACUCUGUUGGCUUCUCGCGCGGAUCAGUCCGUCCUGCGCUCGUUUGUGUCGAUGAUCCUCCCAAAACUAGACGAGCACUUCCGCCGUCUGGGAGUCGACCUCGAGACGAUGACCUUCCAGUGGUUCCUCUCCCUAUUUACAGACGUCCUCUCCGCCGAAGCCCUCUUCCGCGUGUGGGACGUCGUCUUGUGCGAGCCCCACGACCGCGGGGCUUUCCUCUUCCAAGUUGCUUUGGCCCUCCUCAAGCUCAAUGAAAACCUCUUGUUGAGAUGCGAGAGCGCUGCGGAAGUGUACAUGCUAAUCAAUCAUGGCAUGGUGACGGAUCAUGCGAUUAGUAUUGAUGGAUUGGUGCAGGCUAGCGAGGGGCUGAGGCGGUGGGUUAGGAGGGAAGAGGUAGAGAGUAGGAGGCGGAGAGCUGUGGAGGGGGAGAGGGGAAGGGAGAAACGGGAGGGAGGGAUUGCUGACAGGGCGAGGGAUGAGGCGGAGCGGAGAGGGUUUAUGAAUGUUGGUGGGAGCCAGCAAGCGACUGAGGGGCAGAAGGCCGCUGAGGGGAGCAGAAUUCCCGCUGCGGCUUGA